AGUGAUAUGUUUUGAAUGAUCCUGAAAUCCAGAAUAUUUCUCACCAAUUUUCAGUAUUUAAGAUGCAGAAAAAAUGAUUCAUGGUGCACAUCAAGAGGCUAGAACAAAAUCAACAUUGUACUGUAGCCACAGAGACAGGCCUACUUGUAAGAAUUCUAGGAGCAAUUAAACACACUCAGAACUUAAAGCACUGAUUACAUGCUCUAUUUUGGCAGCUCAUAUGCAAAAAUCGUCCUGAAAGCUACACCCUCAGACAACUUCCUAUUCACAGGGUAACUCCAUGGAAUCUUUCCAAAUAUUAAAUGCAUUAGUGAAUAUAUUUUUCAAUCAUCUUUCAGACGUGUGCCCAUAUGUCCUGAUAAUUAUGUUCAUUUUUCUAGUUUUCACACUACCUGUGUCCAGGGUGUUAGAAUUGUGAGCCCUCUCUGUCCUCAAAUUUGGGCUUCUUUUAUAAUGAAAGGGUGGCACUAUGAAUAUACUCUUCAUUGAUCUCUAAAAUAUUUCCUUCUUCCACUAAUCCCAGGAGAUAUUUCUCUCCUUUUUUUCCCCCCCAAUCGAUAUCAGGCAAUAUUAACUUCUUGGCUAAAGUAGUUUGUCCAUCCAUUGCUAAUCAAAUUUUCAACAACUAUUUCUUCUUGUAUCCACAACUUCUUGUGGCUACUCAGAGAACAGCAGAAUCCAGCUACACUACUUGACUAGGAGAUAGUGAUUUUUUUGGAGGUUUAGUCUUUUAUCCAUGCCAUUUUCAGAUUAUCUGAGAUUACAGUAAUGUACUCCCUGUAGCAACAGAUCUGGAGAACUUCAUCAAGUGAAAAAUAUAAGAGCCACAUUCUUAGUGAUGCUCCUGAGGGAAGCAAGUACAACCUACAUUCUCUGAUCUGCACUGUUUCCAGUUCCUUACAAAAGCACAAUUAUGCGCUUCAGAAUAAUACCAUAAAGGAUCAUCAUUUUAAUCAGUCAUUGACAAUAGUUUGGGGACCUAAUAGAGAUUCCACUCAUUGCUGCUUUUUAUUUGGUAUCAGACAGAAUCUACAUUCAAACCAGACAGAAGGAACUGAAAGUUCAACGAGGAGCUCAUGUCAAAACCCUGCUUUGCUCCGUGAAAAAUAAACCGAACCAGAGAUAAAUGAAAAUUUCAAGAAAUAGAAGCUGCUACUAUACAAAGAAGGAAAAAACAAAGUAUCUUCAGGAUUAAUAUCCUCCCUCUGAGAUCCAUGAACAAUUACACAAUUAUUUUUCUUUAUCGAACUUUAAGGUUUGUUAAUAAUAUGCUGCCUUUGUGGAAUACAGAGAUGCUAAUGGUAAGAAGGCUAUUUAUUCAGUAUACUGAAUAGAGGAGCUACAGAAACAAUGGCUUCAAAGGUCUCGUGUUUAUAUGUUCUGACAGUAGUUUGUUGGGCAAGUGCUCUUUGGUAUUUAAGUAUAACCCGUCCUACUUCUUCCUACUCUGGCCACAGACACUUCAAUACCAUAUCGAUAGCCAGGAAAAAUGUCUCCUUUGGCAAUAUAAGAACUCGACCUAUAAAUCCACAUUCAUUUGAUUUUCUUAUAAAUGAGCCUAAUAAGUGUGAGAAGAGCAUCCCUUUUCUAGUUAUUCUGAUCAGCACAACUCACAAAGAAUUUGAUGCAAGACAAGCAAUUCGAGAGACUUGGGGAGAUGAAAACAACUUUAAAGGUAUUAAAAUUGCUACUCUCUUCCUUCUUGGGAAGAAUGCAGAUCCUGUAUUAAAUCAGAUGGUGGAGCAAGAAAGUCAAAUUUUUCAUGACAUUAUUGUGGAGGACUUCAUUGAUUCUUAUCAUAACCUUACUCUUAAAACGUUAAUGGGUAUGAGGUGGGUGGCCACAUUUUGUUCAAAAGCAAAGUAUGUUAUGAAGACAGACAGUGAUAUUUUCGUUAAUAUGGAUAACCUUAUUUAUAAACUGCUCAAACCCAACACCAAGCCAAGGAGAAGGUACUUUACUGGUUACGUCAUCAAUGGAGGACCAAUAAGGGAUGUCCGGAGCAAAUGGUACAUGCCCAGAGAUUUGUACCCUGAUAGCAAUUAUCCACCAUUCUGUUCAGGCACUGGCUACAUUUUUUCAGCAGAUGUAGCAGAAUUGAUUUACAAAACCUCCCUCCAUACCAGACUUCUUCAUCUUGAGGAUGUGUAUGUGGGACUCUGUCUUCGGAAGCUUGGCAUUCACCCUUUCCAAAACAGUGGCUUCAAUCACUGGAAGAUGGCCUACAGCUUGUGUAGGUAUCGCAGAGUGAUCACAGUGCAUCAGAUAACGCCAGAAGAAAUGCACAGAAUUUGGAAUGACAUGUCAAGCAAGAAGCAUCUCAGAUGUUAAGAUUUUUACAGAUGUAAAUACUUUUUUUAAUUUGGGCAGAAAGGAAUCGGAUGAUUUAUAGGCAAAUUAACUUUGAAGAGAGUUUUAGAAACUGAUUUUUCAUGCUUGUCUUGACUUCUGGUUUGCACACUUCAGAUUCUGUUCAUAAAGACAUUAUACAACUUAUAGAUGCCAGAGUCAAAUCUCAGAGACCUUGCUCCCUAUCACAACGUUUUAAAAAAAUCAAUUGUCAUGCCUGUGUGUAUAAAAACAAUAGUAGCUAACCAGAGCAUAAAAAUUCAUGCCCAUGGAUCUGAGAUGAGAGUUCGGCCCCAAGAAAUGAAAAAUCAUUUAAAAACCUUUAUUUCAUCCUCACAAACUAUAUGUGUCUUUUUAGAGCUCUAUUAAUAAAUAUACACACAAAUAUAACAAAUAUACCAAGUGUGUGUAUUUACAGCUUGAGUUCUAUCUUUGCACUGAUUACAUACUAUAUUGGCAUGUAAAUUUUACUGUACAGUAUGUGCAAUUAAAAAAAAGUUUAUUGCUGGCAGACAGGCAGAAUUUAAAUAAGUGAGAAUAUAACAUUGAAAAGCAAAAUACUGAAUCAAAAUACUGUAGGACUUUGAAACAACAAUACCUGCCUACAGAUAAAAUAUGUGCCCCCAAAAGGUGGCAUUUAUUUAAAACACAAAUUACACAGACUAAAAGAGCCAUAUCUAAUGGAGUCUUACCAUGAAUUAUAAUUUGUUCAUGAAACACAAGACAAAGAAAAAUUGUGCAAAAAAAUCCUAAAAAUCAAAUCAAAUCUGUAUUCAGGAUAAAGAUAAUUAAAUUCUUUAACAUUUUAUUUUCUAAAAAAGUGCAGCAUAUCUCAUUAGUACUAUUUAGUGUGUACCUCUCUUUACUAUUGUACAGUAUCAGUGAACUAGAUACAGUAUUAUCCCCAAUAAAAUUUUGAUAAAUUAUAGUGUCUGCCAUAGCAAAUAGAUAAUUUUACAGAAUAAUGAAAAAUAUCAAUACAUUAUUCCUUUCCUAUUGUGAUCCUAACUAGAACCCCGUUUACAGUCUCCACAUUACUCAAUAUAUCAUUAAAAUUAAAAAUACAACAUAUAGUACUUAAAGCAUUUUGCUUUCUUCGUGCUAAAUUCUCUUUUUUGCUGCAGUGUAAUUUUUGUAUUGCAAAAAGUGUAAUUACUCAAGAUUUAUGCCAGUGUAGCAGAGGAGAAUUUAGACCAUACCAAAAAAUGCUCAGUCAAUUCUUUCUUGGGCAACAUAAUGAAAGUAUAAAAUAGCAGCUAUGUGGAUCUCUCAAGGGGAAAAUAGAUCCUCACAGCAAAUUCAAGUCAUUCCGCCCCAAUUCAGGAAAGCAUCUCAGCUCAGGACAGCCCUUAAGCACACACUUAACUUUAAGUAUGGGAUUGAAGUCAAUAGGACUCAAGAACAUUCUUAAAAAUUAAGAACACUCUUAAGUGUUUUCCUGAAUCAGGGCCUGGCAGUUGUGCACACAGAUCUCAAGGCAGAAUUUGAUCUUCAGACUACAUAACACGUGACUACUUACAUUUUCUCCUUUAGGUGCAAAUUCCUUUCCCCAAUAGGAUUCCCUUUCUUUCCAUAGCCUCUUCUAUAGUCCAACCAGCUUCCUCAGGCUGACUCUUCUCUAAUCCUCUCUCUCAGAUCUGGGGCAUGAGAGGACAAUACACUCCAGAAGCAUAUCUCUCCAAACUUUAUGUAUACUAGUGGAGGGAGAUUACUGAAAAAUAUUUUCUGUUUAAACCAUUUAAAAAAAUGAGCUCUCACUGCCUUCACAGAAGAGUGCUUUCUCUUAAUGUUCUUGCAGGAUAUUCAUUGGAACAAACAGAUUUAAGCAAAUAAUAUGGCAUAUUCAUGUAAAUUGACUGUUCACCUUGUAAACAUGAAUAUUUGAUAUAGGUUGAACCUCUCUAGUCUAGCACCCUCAGGAUCUGACCGGUGCCAAACCAAAAAAUUUGCUGAACC